AUCCCCUGGAAACACAUGACGGCAGCACAUACUGUGUGGGGCUGUUGACCCAUUCCAGUAUUUAUUUAUUUUUUCUCGAAACCGUCAUUUAAAAACGAACCAGAGCUUACUCCUGUCUUCUCACAAGUUUUUCAAAGUCAGAAUCAAUGAAAAAAUGAAGGAAAAAAAAUAAAAAACGCACCACCACUUCCUCCCUCGAUGGUGCGACGUCUGCGUAACCGGAUCAAGUUACAAAUCACAUGGAUCAGCUACUCCUGCUUAACUUUACCGGGCACAACGGCUAUUUUCACUUAGAGAUCUUCUCCAGAGCAGCGCAGCUAUGUUUGUUGACUGUGAGCAUAUGUGUCACGCGAUAGUAGCAACUGAUACUGCUUUUUGUUGACUUCCAGUUCUCCUUUGACAAAUAAUUGAUUUAAGACGAGACAAAGUUAACACUUGUGCCGUAAAUAUUAUCUAGGUUUAUGGAGAUACUUGAAGACCACUGGGACGUGUUUCAAUAAUUAAAAGGCUUAAACUCUUACUAAUCAAGAAGAACCUAAACCAUUAAAUUGGCUGAGAAUGGCUAACAACAAGGAUGCCAGUGAGAGCACCCCUCUACUGGACUCAGGUUCUGUGAGCAGACCUUCACCUCCUUCAGUUUUCCAGGGAAGAAGACUAGCAUGUGCAGCCGUCCUGCUGGCUGAAUCGUUAGAAAGGAUUGCAUUCUACGGCAUCACAUCUAAUCUGGUCCUUUUUCUCACUAGUAAUCCCUUUUAUUGGGAGGGCACUCAGGCGAGCCAGGCACCCCUGAUGUUCAUGGGAGUUACUUACCUAAUUUCACCAUUUGGAGGCUGGUUGGCGGAUGCAUACCUUGGAAAAUUCUGGACAAUAGUUUCGAGUUUGAUCCUAUAUUUUCUUGGCAUGCUAUUUUUCCCUUUUAUUUCGAAUGAAGACACCAGGAUACAAAUGUGUGGAGAUGAGGUGGCGUUUCCUGUGCAACCUGCUGAGUGUCUGAGCACAAACAGUACCCCUCCAAGCAAUGUAACCUGCCCCAUCCGUAACCCAUAUUGUGGCCCAGUAGUCUACAGUGGACUUUUUUUAAUUGCAUUAGGCGUGGGUACUGUGAAGUCCAACAUCACUCCCUUUGGGGCAGAUCAGGUCAAAGACCGAGGACCAGAGGCCACGCGCAGAUUCUUCAACUGGUUCUACUGGUGCAUCAAUUUAGGAGCCAUCCUGUCUCUGGGAGGCGUGGCCUACAUCCAGCAAAACGUUGGCUUUGAAAUCGGCUACAUCGUUCCCACUGUGUGCCUCGGGGUGUCCUUCCUGGUCUUUCUCCUGGGACAUACUGUGUUCAUCACCAAGCCUGCUGAUGGCAGCGCCUUCACAGAUAUGUUCAAGAUCCUGGGCUUCGCCUGCUGUUCCAAGAAACCAAAGGAGCCUAAUCUGCUCCGCAAUAAACCAACGCUGCUAGACAGUGCCAAAGUGACCUAUGGAGGCAAAUAUCCAGAAGAGAAAGUAGAGGAAGUGAAAUCCCUGUUGAAAAUCCUCCCAGUGUUUUUCGCCCUUAUCCCAUACUGGACUGUGUACUUCCAGAUGCAGACGACGUACAUCCUGCAGGGCCUCCAUCUGAGGAUUCCUAAUAGUCCCUCGAACAUCACUGAUGACCCCCAAAAGAUGACGUUCCACUUCCCUGCCGCCUGGCUCACCAUGUUUGACGCAGUGCUCAUCCUUAUGCUGAUUCCCCUGAAGGACAAAGUGGUGGACCCCAUCCUGAAACGCCGCGGCCUGCUGCCUUCCUCUCUGAAGAGGAUCGCAGUGGGGAUGUUCUUUGUUAUGUGGUCAGCCGUGGCAGCGGGUAUUUUGGAGACCAAACGCCUGGAGAUCAUCAAAUCAAAUGGUACCAUUGACCAGGUGCUUGGCAAAGUUGUCUUCUACGCGGCAGAUUUACCCAUAUGGUGGCAAGUGCCUCAAUAUGUGCUGAUAGGAAUCAGCGAAAUUUUUGCCAGCAUUGCAGGUCUGGAGUUUGCCUAUUCUGCAGCCCCCAAGUCCAUGCAGAGUGCCAUCAUGGGGCUCUUCUUUUUCUUCUCUGGGAUUGGCUCCUUCGUGGGCUCCGGUUUGUUGGCUAUUGUCUCCCUCAAGGAGAUCGGCUGGAUGUCAUCCCACAAAGACUUUGGUAAUAUCAACGACUGCUCCCUGCACUACUACUUCUUCCUCCUGGCAGGGAUCCAGGGCGUAACCUUGCUGGUCUUCCUUAUUGUCUCUUUCAAGUAUGAAAGGCAGAAGGGCAGAACAGGAAGCCAACGGCAGAGACACACCUCCUCCUGACCUACACAUGUUCCCAUACCCCUCCUCACCACACCUGCCUUCUCCAGUCAUAUCGCUCAGUGCCCAAAGACCCGGUUGAAUAGCUUCUUAAUUAAAUCCUACAGAAGUUUGGUUUACCUCCUUUCAGUCACAAAUGAUCUUCACUAUAUAUAUUUCGUAUUUAUGUUUAUUUUAGCUUUUUAGCUAAAUAUCUGACUCUUAUUUUUUUUUUUUUGUACAAUAAUAAUGGUUUUAGGUCACUGGAUGAAUGCACAGGUACCACUGAAAAUAUAGAGAUUGAUGCAGGAGCCAUGUAUGGAUCAUUUCUGCUGCACUCCCUUACUCCCGCGUGUUUACUCUUGUCGCUUUUCUUUGAUCAUUUGCACUUGACUUGAGGAAUGGUGCCAUAAAACAAACAAACAAUGAUAUCCAGGUUUUCUAAUUUCUAAUCAUAAAGAACGCUCAGUUGUUUUUAUAGUUAGAUUUUUACUGCUAUGUCUUAUUUUUGGAUUUAGUCUUUACUGACACUGGUGUGAUACAUCAAUAUUUAAAUGAUCUGGACUAACAUCCACAGUCUGACAUCUGUGCGUUAAAUGUACUUGGCAUUAUUUGUUGAUUACGUUUACAACUGCGGGGCUUAUGGAGAGUUUGAAAUACCUAUGCAGUAACAAUGGGGAUCACAUUGAAUGGGAAAUUAGUUUGAACUGAGAGGGUAAUUUUACGUUGUUUGCGGAUUCCCAUAAAUCAUUGCUACUAAUGACGGACUAGGGCUUUUGUUUGAGGAGAUUCCAAAUGAUGCACUUACAGUUGACUAAUUUAUUAUUCAAAUCUAAUAUUGAGAGAAAAAAAAUCUCCAACAUUUGUUUACGCUGCCUGGGAUUACAUACUAUAAAUCCAUCCUAUAAAUGCGCUAUACAUCCUUAUACGGAACCAUACAUGACUAAUGAUAACUCCUUGUGUUAAAAAAAUACUGCGGGACUCCUAUGAAGCUUCACAGCAGUUUUUCAUUUCUGGUCAAGCUGCAAAAACCACAUAUACGCAUGACAAACAACUAAUUAUAAACUAACAUUUAGCUUAAAAGUCAACGUUGACUGUAGCUCUUAAAAUAAUAACUGCAUUACUGUAAUGCAGGGAUCGCGAUGAAAAGAGGUGUGGACUUCAAAUCUGCAUCUUUCUAUUUAAACUUUCAUAGCGAAGCAAAGCACAACUUGUCGUGCUGUCGUGGGUUUGCAGCUUUGGCAGGACAUGUUGAAAAAGAAGCUUCUGUUUUGUUGUUGUAUUUAUCAGACUGACGCAUUUGUUUUAGCUUUAUACCGUUAAAGGUCCCAUGGCAUGAAAAUUUAACUUUAUGAGGUUUUUUAACAUGAAUAUGAGUUCCCCAAGCCUGC